AUGGUUCAGAACAGAUUACACAGUUUCAGGAGAAAGGGGAAAGGGGAAAGACAAAAGCAUGAUAUUCAGCAUAAUUUAGUUGAUCUUUCUUUGCUCUACUAUAGAACUAAGCACUACAAGAUGUCACUGUUACUGCCAGAUCUGCCGUCAGAGAUUCUUUGUUACAUUAUAGGCCUUACAAAGAGGGACCUCUGUGGUGUCUGCAAGUUGUUCAUGACCCUGUACAAUGAUACAUACAUGCACAAGUGUCUGAACAUAUUCCCUCUUGGGGAUGAGACUUGGAACAUAUUACAACCGUCAUUAAAGGAAGAAAUUAGUAAAUUGGAUAUUUACAGAGGACGUAUACGGCAAUCUCUAUAUGCGGAUUUCCUGGAGAACCAGAAGAACGGAUUGGUCCAUGAUUCUUUAAAUACUCCUCCGUUUGGAGGAUACAUUGCAGAUUCGUGGUAUUUGGUUUAUAGUCUGUUGUGUACUUCUCCCUUUGUUCCAAAUAUGAAUUUAUUUGAUGAUAUUCAAGAGGAUGAACCUAUUAUGCAUAGUACACGUUUCUGUUUACCAAGAGAGUGUUUGUUAACAUCUCCACGGAUUCCUCUUAAUAUUUGGCUAUCCAUCAAAGAUGUAUCAUACUUAUAUCCAAUCAGAAACAUUAUUACAAAUGUAAUGGCUGGCUCAGAUAUACGACGUAACGAGGAAUUUUCUCCGUUAGGUCAACUUUGUGACUGGAUCAAAGAGCCAGGAGUGUAUUGUAUUAGACUUGGAACAAUCUCAGCAUCUUAUAUAAAUUAUCAGAACGAUCGAAUGGUCGAUUUUCUGUCAUUGAAAAUUGUAGCAUCAUUGACAGGUGACUAUGAUUGGAACAAUAUAUCAUCUAUCAAGCUGUUGGGUUAUAAUUUUGAUUCAUAUAUGACACAUUUAAAGAGGCCGUGGAUUCUUUUCAAAAUAGACUUGACGUAUGAAUCAUUGUUUUUUCCGGAUCAAAUUCCCAAAGUAAACGCUGUAUUAAGUAAUCUAGAUAAAGACAUCGAAAAUGGUUCAACAGGCAUCACACCGAUCGAUAAAACUACCAGCCGCGACUCUGCACCUAGAAAUCCUCCAAAGAUAAGACAAGAUUUUAAGAUACCUUUGGAGAUAUUAUCAACGUACAAAGAUGGUCAACUUGAUCCUACUGACAUCCCAUCAAUGCCUGAUCCAAGAGUACCUUUUAUUAUAUAG